AUGAGAGACUUCAACAAUUCUUCAACCAUCACAUGUUCGUUCUUGAACAGGAAGAGUACGCUCGUGAAGGAAUUCCAAUGGACGUUCAUCGAUUUCGGUCUUGAUCUCCAAGCUUGUAUCGAGCUUAUUGAGAAGCCACUGGGUAUUAUCUCCAUGUUGGACGAGGAAUGUAUCGUACCAAAAGCUACUGAUCUGACGUUGGCGCAAAAACUAAUCGAGCAACAUCUUGGCAAACAUCCAAACUUCGAGAAACCCAAGCCACCUAAGGGCAAGCAGGGUGAAGCCCACUUCGCUAUGCGCCAUUAUGCUGGUACUGUACGUUACAAUGUGACCAACUGGUUGGAGAAGAACAAGGAUCCUCUGAACGACUCCGUGGUACAAGUGAUGAAGAACUCGAAGAAAAACGAUCUCCUUGUCGAAGUCUGGCAGGACUAUCAGACUCAGGAAGAGGCCGCUGCUGCCGUAAAAGGUGCUACCUCUGCAAAGAAGAAGGGUAAAUCGGGCUCGUUCAUGACUGUCUCUAUGCUGUAUCGUGAAUCAUUGAACAACCUGAUGGGAAUGCUGAACAAAACUCACCCACAUUUCAUCCGUUGCAUCAUCCCCAACGAGAAGAAGGCCUCAGGUUGGUCA